CGCCUCUGUUUGUGUUUCUCCAUCGGCAACAAAUCGAUGCACGGAGCAGAUGUGUGGUUUUUUUUUUUUAAAUUAUUUUAUUUUAACAAUAGAUUUAAUAUAAUUUAGAACUGAAUUCCUCUCCCACGGCCGCGGUGAUGGAGUCCGGCUGUAAGGACGGGGUGAAAGGAGCCGUGCUGCACAUCGUGGUGGUCGGGUUCCACCAUAAAAGGGGCUGUCAGGUGGAGUUCUCUUACCCCCCCAUCACAGAUGAAGGUCACGACAGUAACUCGCUGCCUGAUCAGUGGAAGUACCUGCCGUUCCUCGCUCUGCCUGACGGAGCACACAACUAUCAGGAGGACACGGUGUACUUCCUCCUGCCGCCUCUGAGUGAGGACAUGAAGUGUGUGUAUGGCGUUUCCUGCUACAGACAGAUCGAAGCCAAGGCGCUGAAGGUGAGGCAGGCUGACGUCACCAGGGAGACGGUGCAGAAGAGUGUGUGUGUGCUCAGCAGAGUGCCGGUGUUCGGUCUGAUCGCGGCGAAGCUGCAGCUCAUUACACAUGCCUACUUCGAGGAGAAGGAUUUCUCUCAGAUCUCCAUCCUGAAGGAGCUGUAUGAUCACAUGAAUGGUUCCCUACGGUUCCCAACGCUAGAGGGAUCCCAGGUGUAUCUGGGUUUAUCUGCACGGGAUUUAAUAUUGCACUUUAAGCACAAGGUUCUAAUUCUGUUCAAGUUGAUUCUGCUGGAAAAGAAGGUGCUGUUCUAUAUUUCUCCUGUUGACAGAUUAGUGGGCACCCUGAUGACAGUUCUGUCCCUGUUCCCUGGUAUGAUUGAGCGCGGCCUGCCCGACUCCUCUCACUAUCAUCCUAGAAGCAGCCAGUCGGAGAGUGCUGACGUCAUCAAGAGCGUAGACCUCAAAGAGAACGCCGAGGUCUUUGUCGCCGAGCCGCCCACAGCCGACCAAUCGGAGAGCUCCGCCGCUGCCCCGCCCAACCCGAGCUCUCCUGAUUGGCUGGACAGCGAGUGGGAGAGUCUGGACCCGAGCGUCCUGGAGGAGGAGCAGGAGAAGGAGGGAGACGGAGGGAGAGGCGAGCACACGGAGCUUACGGAGUCGGAUUCGACCACGCCCAUCACUGUUCAACCCAAAGCCACGCCCACUCAGACCAACACGCCCAGCGACACACACGCACACAGUACACACUCACAUACACCCCUGCUGGAGGAGGACCAGUGCGGCCUUCCUCUCGCCAUCUUCACCAAGGGUUACCUGUGUUUACCCUACAUGGCUCUUCAGCAGCAUCACCUGCUCUGUGAUGUUAGAGUUCGAGGGUUUGUUGCCGGAGCAACCAACAUCCUGUUCCGUCAGCAGAGACACCUGAGCGACGCCAUCGUAGAUGUGGAGGAGGCUGUGAUCCACAUCGCUGACCCCGAGUUGCGGCGCGUCCUCAGCCUGACCACAGCUGACCUGCGUUUCUGCGACUUCCUGUUGAAGAGUGUGUCUGAGCACAGCGAGGACGUGUUCCUGGACGGGACCGGCUGGGAGGGAGGCGACGAAUGGAUCCGGGCUCAGUUCACACUCUACAUGCACACACUAUUAGCAUCAACGUUACAGCAUGACAAUGAGAAGCUGCUGGCGGAUUACGGCUCUGCUUUCGUCUCCGCCUGGAAGAUCUCACACAACUACAGAGUGUGGUCCAGCACACACCACCCGGCCAUAGGCGACAUCACCCCGGGUCACCCGUUCCAGGGGCAGUACAGCGUGGCGGACGUGAAGCUGCGUUUUUCACACUCUGUACAGAACAGUGAAAGAGGACGGAAACUGGGCAGCGCGGUGAUGAGCACCAGCAGGAGUGUAGUGCAGACCGGCAGAGCCGUAGGUCAGUCUGUGGGCGGGGCCUUGAACAGCGCCAAGUCAGUGAUGUCAUCGUGGUUCUCGACGCUUUCUCAGCCACCAGCGUUGAUUUCUAACCCGCAGUCUACAUCGACCAAUCAGUGAUGGCCUCUGCUCUGUUGUCUCACACACACACAAACACACCCCAUCAUCAUUUUAAGUACCCUUAGAUCUCACACACACUACAGUUCCAGUGUCCUUCCUGUCCUGUCUUACCCUGUUGUAUGUGUGUUUACGUGAAAUCGUCAGCCUUAACGUUCCUCACCGGGAGUUCAGGAUGGACUAAAUAUGUGGUAUAUUGUUGUAAUUUUACUCUGCCGUGUGUGUGUGUGUGUGUAUUAUGAGGAUGCAAACCAAGUAUAAGUAUGAGUGCAGGUUUUUAAUCCUCAUCACUUCUGAUUGUGAUACUACUCUACUUAGUAUUGAUCUGUCCAAUAUGUCAAGGAACACUUUUCUUCCUCUCUGUUUGUGUCGGUUCCUGCCGCGCUCUGCCGACACACAACACCUGCUGGAUUUUAAUCUUUAAUAGAGAGCGCCGUCCAAUCAAACAGCACCGUUUUAUUUGGAACUUUCUCUAAUAUUUGUGUUAGGGCAACAGUCUAGGCUCGGCACAUGAUGUCAGACGUUGGAGUUAAAGGAUUUUUACCAGUAGGAGUAAACACGCUUGGGUUCGGACCUGAUCGGACCGAUAUCCGUAUCGAUGCAUCCACUCUUUGUCCACCCGUCUGUCCUGUCUAUCUGGUGUUAAAAUCUGUCUGAUCUGAAAUGCUGAAUAUAAUGAAAUAAUAUAUUAAAAUUAUAUUAAUAAAAUUAUUUAUCUAGCAAAUUAUUAGUCACAACAUCUGGAUCAACACGACAUUUUAUUUUAUAUAUAUAUAUUUUUUUAUUUAAGCCUUUGAGACUCACGCACUACAAACAUGGACCCGCUGAGAUUUACAGUAUGUUUAAACAGAGCGGAGGGGUCCAGCAGGAUCGAGCGGAAGCUUCUGUCACUACACCAGAAUUGUGUGUCGAACCGGCCGACGUCGGUUUGCCUCUGUUCAUUGUUCAGUUGAAGCCUACAGGGCCAACUUACUUAGCAUGUGCGUUUAACUAUUCCUAGCAUGUAGCUUAGCAUGCAACCAUUAAAAAACGGUCCCUGGUCAAAUUUGAUCAUGUGACAUCAGCUCCAGGAUUUCAGUUCACCUUGCAAUAGUGUUCCCUAACUUUUAAUGUGUUACCUCUGGCUAGCUGGAAAGCUGACUAGGUCAACUCUCCUGCUUUCUGAUUGGCUGAAAGUGGAUCUCCCACAUUGCUGAGCCCAUGACACCUGUAUUGUGAUUUUUAUUUUUUAAAAUUCUUUAGACUUGUUUUAUGUGUAACUUAAAAUGAAAAUGUCUGAUUUAAUCUCUUUAUUUCAUUUGGGAAAACUACAGUGCAUCCAUGUUCUGCAUCAAUGUAGCUGGACAUUUUGAUUUUAAAAGCAUGAUUUUACUUUAAGUGUUUUUACUUUUACCUUUUUUGGUGUUUUUCAUUUUAUUUUAAGUUUUACACGUUUCCUCAAUGCACCUUGAGAUAUAUUUGACUUUAGUCUUAAUAAAUUAAAAAGGAUUAUUUUCUAUGA